AACAUGUGGGGACAGAUAAUAAUCGCUCUCGUCUGUGCUUCGGAGAUUUUAGCACACGACUGUGUGAUCCCAUCGAGUUCGCAGUUUAGCAGGGCUUCUUAUCGGCGGUAUCACGGGCGGACUGCUUCCGGAAAGACUAUCUACGACGCCGGAGAGCGGCUUAUUGUCGGCACGUGGAUCCGGGUGGUAUGUAACAAGGACCGUCAAGGGGAUGCUGUUUUAAAAGUCAGCAAUCAUUUGUGCAGCGCCGGAAAUUGGAGCCCAGCACUUCCGGUUUGCCAAGAGUAUGCACGUUGCGGAGCACCCCAUAGGGUUGAGAAUGCGACAGCGUCCGAAAGAAUCACGCCCUACAUAACCUUUCCCCACCAGACUGUUGUACAUUACAAAUGUAAUGCAGGCUUCGAUAAGCGUGGAACGAUAGCGUACGUGAAGUGCGUUGACGGCGAAUGGACGUCAGCCGACGUCAUUUGCGUUGAUAGGACAACGAUAACGUCGGAGAAAAAAGAGAAUACAGAAAUAACUACUCAAAAUAAUGUUCGCAUCCCAAUAACUACCGCCAGGACGAUACCAUUGUGUAUAGAACCAGACAUCUCACACGGCAAGCUCGUGAAGAACGUCACUUCCGGUUACUAUGACGUCAUAUGUGACGUAGGCUUUAAAGUAAUAUCACCGAAAAGUAUCAGAUGCUUGAGAGGAGUUUGGAGCGAGCCGAUACCGCAGUGUGAUAUACUGCGCUGCCCACAGUUGAGUGCCAAUUUCACACUAUAUCAAUCACGUCGAUAUUCAACCAGAACAGGGUCCGGUUAUGCACAGCCCGUCGGUCGGGCAUUGAACUCUGGACUCCCCCAUGGUGCGGCGGUGAAGAUAAAUUGCGGUGACGACGCAUACCCAACACUCGGAGUUGAAAGGGCAUGGUGUCACGAGGGCCGUUGGUUGCCAAGGGAACCUAUCUGCAAAAAGUAUUGCGCCCGGCCGGCGUCUGUGAAUCUCAAUGAUGCAAAUACACAACUACUUCCGGUUCCGAAACUCGUGAUGGACGGUGUCAGUGUAACACAGACUUGCGCGGACGGAAAUACCCGGAUGAACUAUUGCGCCGACGGAAGUUGGCUCCAUGGUUUCCUACCAUGUCUGUAAAGUGGCUUACUACCGUACGACGAUAUCGCCAUUGAUGGAAACCGGAAAUAACUGACUAACGCAUUUGCUUCGAAACUGUAAACGGUAAAAUAUCCUCAUUGAAUGAGAGAUUAGAUUGAGUGUGAAGUAUAGAAAACUCAAAGUUUUUUCCACCUCAGAAAUGUCAUUUUCAGAUAUUGUUUUUACCCUUUGUUUUCUGAAAUGUAAAAUAAUAGACUACUGUGAUGCCAGGUAAACGAAAACUCGAAGUUUAAACAUGAAGAACGUUUUGAAAAUAAUUAUUUUAUACAAGCAAACACAGUAUUAAUAGGCAGCCACCUUAAAAAUAUGUAUGUUCUGCACUCUGAUUGUAGGUACAUGAAAACAAAAGGGACAAAUAUGCGUUUGUUUGGUGAGACAAAUUUUAGAUAGUUUGUGACAUCGCGUUUGUGUUUAUAGGAUACAGAGUCCACGGCUAUAGCUAUAAUUCAAAACAUUGUUAAUUAUUGCAAAUAGUAUGUAUACUUUUCAUAUGAUAUAUUCACAAAGUUUGUAAUACAUUUUUUAUUAAUACAAUACGGAAAAAUGUA